ACUAAUGUAUAUAGUGUUAACUAUAGAAAACAUAAUCGGAUAAAAUUCUAAUAGAUAUGCUUUUAUUUUAGUCAUCAGCUUAUGUUUUUGUUAGAAUAUGGAUUACUAAAUCUGAUGACAAAGAUAUUUUUAGUAAAUACGGUGUGGUUAUCUCAAUACCGGUGAAAAUUUAAUGAGAUCAUUCCCCCCCGUUGUUGUGCUUUCUCUUCCUUAUGAAAUUAUAACAGUUCCCUCAAUUAUUAUAUUUAAAUAGUAUAAAACAGCUUCCUUUAUUAUAUUUUUUAACCAUUAUCCUUAUUUCAUUUGCUUACAUUCAGGAAUAACUUUCAUUCUUAAACAAACAGACGGUUUAAUUGAGGUAUUUUUUUAAACAGGGCUAUCGAGCCAUCUUGCGACAGCGUCAUGUGCAACAAGUUCGGCUUAAACCAACAAUAGAAACAGCCACAGUGUGGUUUGUAGUGGACGAUGCCUGGCACACGAAGCCACAGAGGCCUCGUGUUUGAUGAGUUUGAUGCACGGGCCUACGCCCAUUUGGUGCCAUCAAGUUUAAAGAAGCACAAGAAACAAAAACACAAAUCGAAAAAAAAGCGGAUACGUGAAAGAGAAAAAUCUAGUUCGUCGACUAAACCAUUAGUAGACUAUGAUGAAUUGUCUUCGGAUUCCAACCUAGAGUCGCCCAUUGAUUGUGGGCCGGCUUCUGGUCACCCGAGCAGCAGGGUUGCGUCAAACCGGGAACGAGACAAGCGGGGACAAUCUCCGGCGACAGCUAUCAAGAUGUACUUGACUGAGAGAAGUCACAGCAACUCGCCUGCAAUGCUGGAUAGUAGAAGGAGCCGAAGUAGAAGUCCAACCCCUUAUCAUCCACAAAACCGCAAGAAGAGCAAAAAGAGCCGUCGCUACUCGCCGACAGAAUCACAUCCACAGCUCCACCAAGCACCUCCACCGCUACCCCAGUCACGGUCAACUGAUCGUGACCGCCUGGACCGACACGACAGAACUUCCUAUGUGGAAACAAUUUCUUCGCCGAGGAGGUACUGCGAAAUUCCGAAGGCCUAUGCUGAAGUGUCCCGGCAAGCAUACAUUGAAACGCCUAGGGCUUAUGCGGAAAUCCAGUCUCCAGUAAGGCCCGAAGCAGGCUACACUCGAAGUCCCCAAUAUCAUUAUCGCAGUGAAACUCGCGAUCAUACUAUCGGGGCCCAGUCUUCUAGCCGACGACGGAGCCGUAACAGAAAAGGAAACCACAGUCGAACUUUCUCUCCGGAACCUCCUCCGAGGGCUUACGAUGAAAAUCGUGGUUAUACGGAUGCCCCUAGGGCUUACACAGACACUCCAAGGGCUUACCCGGAUCCGCCGAGGGCUUACAACGACAGAACACAGUCUUUCGGUUAUCGGAACCAAAGGGGUAAUAGCCCCAUCUCUCCUGCUCGGAAACGGUACAGAUCUCGAACACCUAGUCCACCACAUCGAGCCAGGAGGGAAGAUACACCUCCAAGGCCACGAUAUCGGUUAAGGAAGUCCAAAAGUCGCAGUCCAAGUCCAUAUGCCCAGAAAUGGGCACACCGUAGCCGAUCGCGAUCUCGCAGUCGUGGUCGUCACUACACAUGGAGACGAACUAGGUCUCGCAGUCAUUCCAGGGGCCGGUCUUUAGCUGGCACCAAAAUUAGUUAUUCUAACGUGAAAUAUUGUAACAGUUUAGGGGCUGAAUUAAAUAAAGUAAAGGCUCGUGAGGCGAGUAAGUCUAGUCAGUAUGUGCCUAGAAACAGAAAAAUGACAAAAGACUCACCACAAGUGAUAAUAGAAAUAGUGGAAAGGACUCCAUCACAUUCACCUUCAUCUGAUUCACAUCGGAGCCCUUCAGUGAAAGCGGAAUCAGAAGCUCCCACUCCUAAAUCUGAUCAUUCGAAAGAUAAAUGUGAAGAGGAAAAAACUCCUAUUAAACUAGAGACUCCAAAGAACAAAUCCGAGAUUUUCUGUGAAGAAUCUGAAACGGAACAGAAAGAUGAGUUAACCCCUAUUCCUGCUGAGCCUUUGUCUCCUGAGGUGAAACCUGAGCCAAAAAUACCAACCCCAGAGCCAGAUAGAAAACAGGUAAUGAAAAGACUACCUCUCCCGCAAGUGUUACCUGUAGAAGAAAUUGAGAGCGAAUCUGACUCUCCAGAACAAACACCACCAAGUGAACAACAGGUCGUGUUGUCCCCUGUGAGACACCGACGCAUCACGGACUUACCAAUGCCACCAGUUGUUGACGACCCUGAUCAGGAGGUUGAUAUUGAUAUAGACAGUCAAGGUGAUAUCAAGCCGUCAUCCCUAGGUUUGGAAAUGAUGGAGAUGAAGAGCAGAAUUGAUUCUAAUGUGUCAGCUGCUCCAAAGUUGAAGAGACCAAAAAUCUGUCAUAAGCGUCGUUAUAAUGAAAGAAACAAAGGUGACUGGGGGGAGCGCUGUGUUGAAGUAUUCCGAAAGAUCUGUCAAAUUGGUGAAGGAACCUAUGGACAGGUUUACAAAGCUGAAGACACAUUUUCUGGUGAACUUGUUGCAUUGAAAAAAGUUCGUUUAGAAAAUGAGAAAGAAGGUUUCCCCAUCACAGCAGUGCGGGAGAUCAAAAUUUUGCGACAGCUAAACCACCCCAACAUUGUCAACUUGAAGGAAAUUGUCACAGAUAAACAGGAUGCUCUGGAUUUUAGGAAAGACAAAGGUGCCUUCUAUCUAGUUUUUGAAUACAUGGACCAUGACCUGAUGGGUCUGUUAGAGUCCGGUUUAGUACACUUCAACCAGGAUCAUAUCGCUUCCUUCAUCAAGCAGCUUCUUGACGGAUUAAACUAUUGCCACAAGAAAGACUUCCUUCAUCGUGACAUCAAAUGUUCGAACAUCCUGCUUAACAAUAGGGGCCAGAUCAAGCUUGCUGAUUUUGGCUUAGCUCGCUAUUACGAGCCUGAAGACAGAGAUAGAUUAUACACCAACAAGGUCAUUACACUGUGGUACCGUCCACCUGAACUGUUGCUGGGAGAAGAGCGUUAUGGGCCAGCCAUCGACGUCUGGAGUUGUGGCUGCAUUCUUGGGGAAUUGUUCACUAAGAAACCCAUCUUUCAAGCCAGCCAGGAAAUAACUCAGCUUGAACUGAUCAGUCGUACAUGUGGAUGUGCUUGUCCAGCUGUGUGGCCAGAUGUCAUAAAGCUGCCACUCUUCCAUUCCAUGAAACCAAAGAAACAGUAUCGUCGACGAUUACGAGAAGAAUUUUCCUUUAUUCCCAAGCCAGCUCUAGACCUGCUUGAUCGUAUGUUAGAACUUGAUCCAAGUCGGCGAUGCAGUGCUGAACAAGCUUUAAAUUGUGCUUGGCUCAGAGAUGUUGAUCCUGCUAAAAUCACACCACCUGAAUUUCCUAGGGACCAAGAUUGCCAUGAAAUGUGGAUUAAGAACCGAAAACGAAGUCUGCGAGAAGCUAUGAAAAGAGAACAAGAAGUGAGUCACCAAAUAAACAUGCAACCCAAAGGUAAUCCACCACUGAUUGGGGCUUGUAAAGGUAGAUUGCCUAUCAGCAGCAGCAGCAGUGGUGGUAGUAGUAAUAGUGAGAAUCCAAAGCCUUUCUCUUAUCUGUCAAGGGACAAUCCCAGCCAUGCUAUGAUAUCAGAAAGGCUCAAGAGUGAAGAUCCAGCUGGUCUGGGCUUUAGUUCUGAACCUCUUAUAAAAGACAAUAGAGUUCUUACAAACAGUGGUAAAGAAGCACUGAGUUCAAAUGUUGAAAUUGCUGACAGCAAGGACGAUUCCAUCGUGUCAUCUUCUACUGACUUUGAAGCGAAGUGUAAAACAAUAUCAUCGCCCAAUCCACAGCAGUUGCAGUCUAUUGUUCAGAUGCUGAAGUCUAGUCAGGGGGGACUAAGUAUUGAGGAUCUGGCGAAAAAACUGAAUGUACGCUGUGACAAAACUACCAUAAAGUUGCUAGAGAGCCUCAACAAACAAUUGCAGAGUGAAGGCAGUUUGUCAAAAUCAGAACAUUCUGGCCUCCCUGUCACACCUCAAACGCCAAAGACUCCACAUAGUCCUCCUCCUGGCUUUCACAGCUUUGAUAGGCAGGCAGGUAAUACAUUCCGGGCAGUUAAUUGCUCUCAGAGGUUAGGCGAGAAUUCUAAACUGUUAGAGUGCAAAGAUGAGCCUGGUUAUGGUAAUUCAAACAGCAAUAAUAGCGGCAACUCGGCCUCUAUGUGUGGGGUAUGUGACAUGGCUGACAAUAGUAACACUGGUAGUCAGAUGGGCCUGCUGCCACCACCAAACAUAGGGUUACCGCCUUCUGUGUUAAAAUAUGACAACCCACCCUUAUCAGCAGAUGGUCAUUCACGGAGCAGUAGUAACAAUAUGGACAACAUUUACCAUAGUUGUGUGGGUCCUGACUAUGGCCACAAUGCCACUAGUAGCAGCAGUAUUUCUUCUAGUCUGUCGCCCACCUCACAAGACACCAGCACUGUUUCUUCCUUAAAUGUCAGUUCUGCAGGCAGUAAUAUUGUUACUUCUCAGGCCAUUCUUGAUAGUCUAGCCACAGAUGUGCUGGUGCCUGCCAAAGUGAAUUUUGGAUCAACACAGACAGUCACUUCAAAAGUUGAAUUUGACAAACCUUCUAAGAACUUCCCGUCACCACUCAGUAAAAACCAACCUAUUUACCCUUUGGAUGAUAUGCGCUACCCUCCACCACAUCCACAUGUGACUCUUCACCAUCCGCCUCCUCCCAGUAGUGUAGCUCCUGUUAGUGUUAGUGGCAGUAGCCAAGGCAUGCCUCCUGCAGCAGCUGCAGCUGCCGCCGCUGCUGCUGCCACUGCUGGUGGGAACGAUGGCGCUGUGUCUCUCCGAGCGAAAGUGCAAAGUUACUUUGAUACGUAUGGGCAGGAUGACAGCAUGCCACGUCCAAGCCCAUCACCAUUUGGACUGGUGGCCACACCUCGAGGUGGCAUGAGGCGGAGACCCUACCACGGGGCGACAUCCCUUGGCCCACACAACCUUCCUCUUCCCCCUCCACGUAACCCCAGCCACAGGCCGGCCAUGCCACCAGUAUUGAACAACACACCGCCACCCAACUUGCCACCACAUUCUAUUCCAAGUACUAUGAGUUCCAGUGGUGGUGGUGGUGGUGGUGCUAGUGGUAGUGGCGGUGGUGGGCUUUAUCAAGGUGGGCAUGUUGGGUGGUAGCAGAAUUGAUAAAAACAUUUGAAUACACACACAUAUUCUCUCACCUGAGCACAUUUACACACAGAUUUUCACCUAUACACAAAACAAAUCAUUCAUACACACACAUACACACAUUGUUUUCUUUUCUUUUAUGAAUAGUGCUCUAUAAUUCAGAAAAAGCUCUGCCAAAUGAAUUUUUUUUAUUUUUAUUUCACUUCUGUCUGU